UCAGCCUGCCUGCCAGCCUGCCUGCCUGAUUUCUUUCCUGGCUCCCUUCCUACUGUGUUUCUACUGUGAACUAUCUGGCUGGCUCAAAUCUCCAGUCUCUCCACACUGCCUAUAUUGGAGAGAACCCCUGGGAUCAUCUACUUGGAUUGACACUACUCAGUACUGUCCUUGGAUCAGUUUGGCAUGGCUCCUAAAGGAAGAUUGACCCAGCUUGUUUCAAGUGUGGAUUCUGCAAGAAGGGGAACAUUGAUGCUUGAGUCGGGUCUUGUUCAGGCUUGAUUGAAUCAUAUCGCCUAUUUAGUCGGAUAUGUUCUACUUGGGUUUAUACGCUAUACUUGUGUCCCAUCGUGCCCCAUGAAGCGAUUCGGGAGCCUGAGGGCGAGCAAAAAGAAGAAGGAGCUGGACAGACGGACAGGGAGGAGGCAGUCCGAGCCCCAUGACCUCUUGGGAAACACCUCCGGGAUCUCCUCGCCCCCCUUGACUCCUCCGACGCAGGCCGCAAAGCAGCCGCCGGCGUUCCCGCUGGAGGCCUAUCGGAGCGAGCCGGAGAGGCUGGAGGCACGGAUGCGCUCCUACUCUUCCCCGCCGGACACCGGGCAGCGCUUCAGUCUACGCUGCUCCAAACCACCCAUGACUCCCUCCGCCCCCAUCGCUAACUCACGAUCACAACCAGUCCACGGUUUAACUGAAGGCAUGCUGGAGAAACUUGAUCUAGAAGAUGAAGCUGUUGAAGAAUCCGAAAGUGAUAUCUACAUGCGCUUUAUGAAGUCACACAAGUGCUACGACAUUGUUCCUACCAGCUCUAAGCUUGUGGUUUUUGACACUACUCUGCAGGUAAAAAAGGCCUUCUUCGCCUUGGUUGCCAACGGGGUGCGGGCAGCCCCACUAUGGGAGACUAAGAAGCAGAGCUUUGUUGGAAUGUUAACCAUCACAGACUUCAUCAACAUCCUCCACAGAUACUACAAGUCUCCCAUGGUACAAAUCUAUGAGCUGGAGGAACAUAAGAUUGAAACAUGGAGAGAGCUCUACCUACAAGAAACCUUUAAGCCGUUAGUGAACAUAUCACCCGAUGCAAGCAUAUUCGAUGCGGUGUACUCGCUCAUCAAGAACAAGAUCCACCGGCUGCCCGUCAUCGACCCAGUCAGCGGCAACGCACUUUAUAUCCUCACGCACAAGAGGAUCCUCAAGUUCCUCCAGCUCUUUGUGUGUGAGAUGCCUAAGCCUGCCUUUAUGAAGCAGACCUUGGAGGAACUAACCAUUGGGACCUACCACAACAUCGCCUUCAUCCACCCUGACACACCCAUCAUCAAGGCCCUCAAUAUCUUUGUGGACCGGAGGGUGUCCGCACUGCCUGUGGUGGAUGAGUCAGGAAAAGUAGUGGAUAUCUAUUCCAAGUUUGAUGUCAUUAACCUUGCUGCUGAGAAGACCUACAACAACCUGGACAUCACAGUGACCCAGGCUCUGAGGCAUCGCUCGCAGUACUUUGAGGGCGUCAUGAAGUGCAACCGGCUCGAGACACUGGAGACCAUCGUGGACAGGAUAGUCAAAGCAGAGGUGCACAGACUGGUGGUGGUGGAUGAGAAUGCCCGGAUCGUGGGCAUUGUGUCCCUGUCGGACAUCCUACAGGCCCUGGUGCUCACCCCCGCAGGUAUCUGCAGGAAGAACAGUCAACCACAACCAGAAGUAGAGUCGGAGGCAGAACCAGAGGUAGAGGGAGCGGCAGAUACAGAACUACAGGAAGAGGCAGAGGCACCACCAGAGACAUUGGUAGUGGCAGAACCAGAGACGGAGGUACCACCAGAAACAUUGGUAGAGACAGAACUAGAGGCUGAGGCAGUGGUGGCUGAACCAGCGACUGAGGUAGAGGAGGUGGUGAAAGCUGAUGCUGAGGUAGAGGUGGUGGCGAAAGCUGAUGCUGAGGUAGAGGAGGUGGCGAAAGCUGAUGCUGAGGUAGAGGAGGUGGCGAAAGCUGAUGCUGAGGUAGAGGAGGUGGCGAAAGCUGAUGCUGAGGUAGAGGAGGUGGCGAAAGCUGAUGCUGAGGUAGAGGAGGUGGCGAAAGCUGAUGCUGAGGUAGAGGAGGUGGCGAAAGCUGAUGCUGAGGUAGAGGAGGUGGCGAAAGCUGAUGCUGAGGUAGAGGAGGUGGCGAAAGCUGAUGCUGAGGUAAAGGAGGUGGCGAAAGCUGAUGCUGAGGUAGAGGAGGUGGCGAAAGCUGAUGCUGAGGUAGAGGAGGUGGCGAAAGCUGAUGCUGAGGUAGAGGAGGUGGCAAAAGCUGAUGCUGAGGUAAAGGAGGUGGUGAAAGCUGAUGCUGAGGUAGAGGAGGUGGCGAAAUCUGAUGCUGAGGUAGAGGAGGUGGCGAAAUCUGAUGCUGAGGUAGAGGAGGUGGCGAAAUCUGAUGCUGAGGUAGAGGAGGUGGCGAAAUCUGAUGCUGAGGUAGAGGAGGUGGCGAAAUCUGAUGCUGAGGUAGAGGAGGUGGCGAAAGCUGAUGCUGAGGUAGAGGGUAAGGCUGAGGUGGUGGUGGUAGAAGCUGAAAUCAAGACCAAGGUAGUGGAGGUUAAGGCUGAAACUGAGACAGAGAUGGAGGCUGAGGUGGAGGUUAAGGCUGAAACCGAGGCUGAGGUGGUGAUGGCAGAGGUAGAGGUGAUGGGGUUUAAGGAUGAAACCGAGGUGGAGGUUAAAACUGAAACCAAGGCUGAGGUGGUGAUGGCAGAGGCUGAAGCAGAGAUGGUGGUGGAGGUUAAGGCUGAGGCUGAGGUGGUGAUGGCAGAGGCUGAAGCAAAGGUGGUGGUGGAGGUUAAGGCUGAGGCUGAGGUGGAGGUUAAGGCUGAAGCUGAGGUGGUGAUGGCAGAGGCUGAAGCAAAGGUGGUGGAGGUUAAGGAUGAAACUGAGGCUGAGGUGGGGAAUGCUGAGGCAGUAGUGGAAGUAGAGACUGAAGCUGUACCCAAGGAUGCUGGGGAAGGAGAGGCAGAGUGACAUCCGUGGCAGUCUCUACACGCCGUGCAUGACUGACCUGCCAUGACACGUGACGCUGCUGUGAGAGGAAGUUGACUCAGGAGGAGGCGCGUCAUUGGCCGGGCUGAGGAAGAGGUUGGAUCUAAUUGGUGGGAUGGGUGGUAUAGUAGAAGUGUGGCACUCUGGUAGUUUUCUGUGAUGGAAAGACGUGGUCACAUGGGUGACUGACUCGGGCUGACUAACCAGGGAUCACUUUACUAGAAGGUCUGGGGAGGCGGUUGUGCCUCCCCUCUCUCCCUCCCCCCAACGGCCACCCGUUUCUUAAGAUUGUGGACUAUCACACCCUUAUACUUUUACCUCUGGAAAUUCUGUGGCACACCUAAAAUGUCCCUAUUAAUUGAUUUAGUGGAAAUCACCUCCAUCUCAUCCAAACUGCUAUUUUCUGUGACAAAUGUUUUUUUAUAGAUUAAAUAGGGUUCAUCAUAGUUCCUUACUCAUGAUGAUUAAUUUGUGUGUACCUAAGAGUGCCCAGUGAAUCCAUGCUAGAAAGAAAAAAAGAAAUGGUGAAAUAGGUCAUUCGUUUUGAACCGUUUGGGUUAGAGAUGAUUGGUUUUCUGCAUUGUAAAGAUGCUACCACCAACACAAAGCCAUGCUUCCUAUAUUGUUCUAUUGCAGAGCCUGGACAGGGUCAUGGUCUCAACCAUGAGCACACAAAUUGUUUGAAUAUUAGUAUUUUAAGCUUAUUUUUAGUUCCAGGGUACUUCUUCUACAUCUUUAUCAUGAUUAUGUCUGCUCUCCUCCUUCAGGGAGCUUUGAGUUGUUGUUUUUUGCUUUAUUUGCACAAGGUUUUGUGAACUUAACACAGGCUCUCUGAAAACUAUACCAAUCCCCCCUGCUACUUAUGAUGUCCCUAUGACAGUGGGCGGAGCUCGCUGUCCUGUCUUUAACGUCAUUGGUGCCUUUCGUCCCCACCAGCUAUUGGCUGAGAGAGAGCGGGAGAACGUGUUAAAACUGAAUGUGAGCGUAUCCAAAACCAAAAACAUGGAUGAUAUAUCACAACUAGCUGAUGUUGAGAUCAUUUUCUAGAAUCAAAGUUUGUCUGUUUAUAUUCCUGAAAAGUUAAUUUUGAAAUUAUGCUGUAAAGAUAGUCAAAGCUUUUAUUUAUUUAUUAAAUAGUAUUGUCUCUGUGCUUAACAACUAUUUUAGGUGGAAGAGCAUGAAAGUGAGGUGAUAGUAUGAUGACUUUGUUGUUCAAUGCUUUUGAAGAAGCAGCAGCUGCCUAUAUCCAAUAUAUCCAACAGUUCUCUUUACUUCUCCAGUUACUUGGAGGCAUGCAAGAUAUAUUGUACUCUGUAUUGAUCAUACUGUAAAUAUAGAGAAACCUUCGUACUGAGGGGACUUUUUUUUCUGUGUAUACAAUGCCGUAAGAUCAUGUUCUGUCAUUUACAGAUUUUUUUUUCUUGUGGUUUAGGUUGUGGAGUAUAUUGUUGAUAGUCUCGAUAAGGGGUUUAUCCAUUGAAAAUGUAUAGAACUGGAUGAGUACGACAAUAUAAUGGUAAUACAUAUUGUACAUUUCAGUUAUUUUAUUUUUUACUUUGCUGUUUGAAAAAGUAAUAAAACGUACUACUGAAUCUUUUUA